UGUGACCCAUCCACCACCGGUAAAUCAUGUCGCUUAAUCAAAUACGCCUUCAAGAAGAAAGAAAACAAUGGCGAAAGGACCAUCCGUUUGGAUUCUAUGCCAAACCCAUGAAAACUGCCGACGGGUCUCUUGAUCUUCGUCAAUGGACCGCGGGGAUUCCUGGGAAACAAAACACACUUUGGGCUAAUGCCGUAUAUCCUAUAACUAUUGAAUUCCCAGAGGAAUAUCCUUCCAAACCACCUAAAGUUAGGUUCCCAGCUAAUUUCUUUCAUCCAAAUGUAUACCCUAGUGGGACUGUUUGUUUGAGUAUUUUGAAUGAAGAGCAAGAUUGGAGACCAGCAAUCACGUUGAAGCAAAUUGUUUUAGGGGUGCAAGAUUUGUUGGAUACUCCAAACGACGAAAGUCCUGCUCAGGAACCUGCUUACAGGGCAUAUAAGAAGGACAGAGCAUUGUAUGAGAAGAAAGUCAAGGAACAAGCAAAGAAAUAUGCGUCCGCUUAGUCAUGAGUCAAGAGUAUGAAAUGGUAGCCAUAACCCUGAGCGAAUAUCACAGGCACAACAACGAAUGAUUCUUCUAGUUUUGUACUGCUCUGCUAUAUUCCUCAUUAUGCAAACAAAACAAAAACAAAAACUAAAAAUGGUUACUCUGGUCUUGAUUCAUAUAUAGUUAUGUAUUUACGAGUAUGGCUCGUUUUGUAAUAAUAGAUGUUAAAUGGAAGCCC